CCUGCAUAUCAAUUAUAUAUACAUACAUAUCUAUAUUUAAUUAUAUAUUAAACAAAUAUGAGUAUAGUUUUAGUCUUUUAGUUUAUUUUAUCUUUGUAAAGAUGGGAAAUCACGGAUGUUUUAUAAUACGUACGUAUUUGUACAAGAAUUGAUACUCCAAAAUUUUACAUUACAUUCAUUUCAACCGUCAACUGAAUAUAGGAUUUCUAUUAAUUAAAACUGUACAUGCAUGCAUGCAUGCACAGUUUUAAUUAAUAUGCAUGUGUGUGUCUAUAUGAACUACUGCCGUCUUAUUUGUCGACUUUUUUAAAUUUUAUUAUUUGAUUAAAAAAAAAGAAUACCUUAAUCCCUAAAAUAGGUUUAUUAUAUGUUUAAAGUUAUCGUGGUUAAGGGAAGUUAAUUCAUGAUAGUCUAAAAUGUUCUUUAAAUAUAAAAUAUUACAUAUGUAUUAUGUAUACACUAUUAUUUAAAUUUUGUAAAUAAGUACUUAUUAUUGUAUUAUAUAUAAGUAUGUAUUGUGCGUUACAUUACAUUUUAUUUACGUACAUAAAGCGCGCUUUAAAAUAUUUGUAAUAUAUUUAUGUAACUACUAUAGGUACAUAUGUUUUUUUUUUAUUAAAGUUAAUGAAAAAUCGGAUACUUCAGGGUCAGCAAUACGUAACACUCCUUCUGUUGCAGAUGUCCAUAGGUUGCAAUGCCUAUUUUUUAUCAGAGGGGUCGCAGUAGAUAAAAAAAAAAUCAACUGUGCAAACUUCAUUAUCUGUAUAAAUUUCAUAUGAAAUACAUAGAUUGUAGAUAUUCGAAGUUUUACUGCACGUUAUGUUCAAGUAGGUGCGCUUAGAUAAGUAUCCGGGGGCUUAUUAUGAUAUUUUCCAAGCUCGUCAGAUUUACAUUAUGUGACUACAAAUUAACCUGAUUUGUCUAUUAUUUUAAUACCAACUUGUCAAUGAGUAGCAGUAGUUGGGCAGCUUAAAUUAAUUUGCAAACCUGUCGGGUUUUAAACAUUUACAAUAAGCCAUAGAUUAAGGAUAGCAACUGCGAUCAUUAAUAAGCCUUCUGCAGUCCGCGACGUAUAACAUGAACAAAGCCAUAGACAAUGAGAUUUAUCCAGUUAGAUUCUUUUUUCAAAUAUCUACCUAGAAUAGAUAAAAUAGUAUAAUGUAUGAGUAGAAAUUAUGAACCUGCUUCGUUUAAAUAUCGAUUAAAUAAUAUUCAUUUACCAGAAGAAGAUUUUAUACUAUGAAAUAUAAUGUAAAGACAAUUUUAUACUCUAAAGACGAAUAGGUGCACUAAAUACAAACAUGAAUAUAAAAUUUUAGUGAACAUUAUAGACAAAUAUGUUUUUAAAUAUUUAUAAAUUACAUUAAAUGCUUAUAAUGUAAACAUAUAGUUUGUGUAAUUAUUUUAAGCCAUAAUAAUUAAUUGUUAAUUAAUGAAUUUACAAAUUACAAUGAACUACUAACAUUUUAAUUUAGAAAUUUAACAACAUUUAUUUACUUAAAUUGUAUUUACAAUUAAUAAUUUACAAUAAUAAAUUAUAUUUACAAUUAUUAUUCUAUUGGAAGACUCACGUGAUAUUGUUUGUUGUGAUAAUUCUUGGUUGAUUCCUAUAGCUAAUUAUCUAUCUAGUAUUGAUACAUACAUCUCAUUCAUACUCAAAAUAGACAACGUCUGUAUUCUGUUCCAUAAAUAUAAGUUGAUACUAAUAAAUGCGCUAAGGAAUAUACUUAAUUGAUAAUAAAUAGAUUGAAACCAAGACAGUUAUUAUAAAAUGGAAUAAAUAUUGUUGUAAAUUAGUCACGAUGGGAUAGCUCAUCUGAUUUCAUCCUUAUUUAUCACCCCUCAUUAGUGGCCUAAUACUGUCAAUUUAAACCACUUUUGACAUAGAUUUUUUACACAAUGUAUAAACUUCGAUUUCAAGAACUGUUACGUAAAGAAUAUGCAAUUGCAAUAUCUAUUUUAAUCUAGUCUAUGAUUAAUUGAUGGCUCAAUUAAUCAAGCACGCAUCUCUUCAAUCAGGAAGCUGGGGACUCAAAAUAAUUGGUGAAUUUAGAUCAUAGGACUCUGAAACAUAUAGAACUGAACUGACUGGAUAUUUACAUGUGUUUUUUUUUGCAUGAAUAAUCAAUAUAUAGGCCUAAAUAGAAAUGAUUAGUAUAUUUUUGCUGGAAUAUUUUAGUGUUCUACUAAUGAAACUGGUGAAUAUUUCACUGUUAGAGAACACUGCCUUAAAAAAAUGCUGAAGAAUUUGAUUUUAUCUCGUCUGUAUUUAAGUUAUAAUAAAACAAUUAACGAUCGCAGAACAUGUGGCCGAAAACAUUUGCUUUCUCAGCAGUUCGAAAUAAGUGAGUCUUGAUGAUGACCUAUCUUCGAUAGAAGAUGAUACGGGAUGUGGCACGAUUUCAUAUGAAAUGUAUAUUGUAUAGUACCCCCUAUGUAAUUUAUUAUACAAAAUAUUCACGAAGCUAUCGUGUUUUAGUAAUCAUGAUAUUUCUGAUCCACUUUUCUUUUGCAACAUAUAGAUAAAUGUCGAUAAGACGUAUUUACAUGUAGUAUAAAUACCUGAGAGAGAAUUGAUGAAAUCUAAUAUUAAUUUGAUUUUGAAAACAAACACGCGCGCAUUCUUUCCUUAAAUAUACCUAACAGGUCUUUUUGAUUUGCAUAAAUAUCAAAUUUUAAAGAAUAAAUAUAAAAAAAGAUGAAAUAAAAUUAAUUCACAGUUACUGGGUAAAGUUAUCGCGUAUUAUAUAUAAACAAUAUAGUCGGAUUAAAAAUAUUUAAAUUCUUGUGUAAAUUUUAUUUAUGCGCGUAUUUUCUCUCUCUCUAAUCUCUAUUUAUUUACAUAUUUAUUUUAUUUAUACUCUAUUAAAUUGUGAUAAAGUAAAUUAUUAUUUAAACCAACAAACCGUAACUGACCCAACUGUUUUAUGAGUUAAUGAGUUUAAGGACGCAAUAAUUAUUGACGAAAUUAAGGAAAAAAACAACUGAUAUAUAUUUUUUAAUUUGUUGUACAUAAUGAUUGAAGGAUAUUUCAAUUUUCUAUAUUUUUCACCGCAUUUCUGUUUUUUCAAAAGUUGAUUUUCUGUAAGAGAAUGCUAUAUAGCAUUAAGCCUGUUAUUUGUAGCAGAUUUUUUUUUGUAAUCUAUUCAAUAAAAAGUAAAUAAAGUUUUUAUAAAUAGGUGUCAGGCCUAGACAUGAAUAGUAGCAUUGAUUUUACAGAAUACCUACACUAUUAUGUCCAUGGUACAAUUUAUAAGAAAUUCAAAAGAUCACUUCUAACACUUUCUAUAUCAUGCAUUAUAAAAUGCAUUAAAUACAGCUGCGAAUGACGCUAGAUCCUAAAAUAGAUCUUUAAAAAUUUCAUACAUCAAAAUUAGUUGUUUCUGUGAUAUUGUCACGUUUGUUUGUCGGUUUUGUAAUAACUCUUGUUUUAUUAUAAUAUAAUAGAGAAUACCCAUACAGCCGUACAGAUCUGUGUAUGACAAUCUUUGAUUUAUAUUAAUGUAUUUUUAAUGUGUUUAAAGUAUUCUUAACAAGUGAUUAUGCCGUAUAUACUUGUAUUUACUGCUACGUAACACUAGACUAGAAGUUAGAGAAUAAUGUCAAAGCUGACACUGGACGGCUUUUUUUCGUACUGCAAGCAAAUUGCUGAACAUAUCCAGUUGGGCGAGAGGAUGGCUUCUCUAUCAGGACAGGGCACACCCAAACUGACUUCAGCUGUUGGCAACUUGUACUACGAUUCCAUCCUGCCGUAUCGCGAGGAUGCGAACGCUCAAACCAGGGAGUUCCUGGCGCGGGUCGUGGACGUGCUCCUCGACUAUGUCCAACAAGUCAACGAUAGGAACGAGAAGAUCCUGGAGUUCAAGAUGCCAGAGGAGAUGCAGAAGACCUUGGACUUAGCUCUUCAUGACGAACCCCUCCCGCUGAAGCAGCUACUCGAAGACUGCAAGUCGGCGCUGAAGCAUCAGGUGAAAACUGGCCAUCCUCAUUUCUUCAACCAGCUGUCAUGCGGGCUGGACAUCAUCUCCCUCGCCGGGGAGUGGCUGACCGCGGCUGCGAACACCAACAUGUUCACCUACGAGAUUGCGCCUGUCUUCAUCCUAAUGGAGAAUGUCGUGCUCGAGAAGAUGAGGAGCAUGAUCGGGUGGAAGACUGGAGACUCCAUUUUGGCUCCUGGUGGCUCCGUUUCCAAUUUGUAUGCGUUCCUGGCGGCUCGCCACCACAAAUUCCCGCAGUACAAGGAGAAGGGGCUCACCAGCAUCCCUGGACACCUCGUCAUGUACACCUCUGAUCAAUGCCACUACUCGGUCAAGUCGUGCGCGUCUGUGUGCGGUCUGGGCACCGACUACUGUAUCUGUGUGCCGUCUGAUGAGCACGGCCGCAUGAUACCCUCGGAGCUGGAGAGGCUGGUGCGCUACCACAAGGAUAGAGGGAAUGUGCCAUUCUUCGUGAAUGCUACUUCGGGAACGACGGUGCUGGGCGCCUUUGACCCGCUGAUGGAGAUUGCUGACAUCUGCCAGAAGUACGAUAUGUGGAUGCAUGUCGAUGCUGCCUGGGGCGGAGGUCUGCUCUUCUCGAAGAAGUACCGUCACCCCCGUCUCACCGGUAUUGAGAGGGCCGACUCGGUGACGUGGAACCCUCACAAGCUGAUGGGCACCCUGCUGCAGUGUUCUACAGUGCACUUCAAAUAUGAGGGCAUCCUCUUGAGCUGCAACGCUAUGUCAGCGGAGUACCUGUUCAUGACGGACAAGAUCUACGACCCGCGGUAUGAUACCGGAGACAAGGUGAUCCAGUGUGGACGGCACAACGACAUCUUCAAACUGUGGCUGCAGUGGCGCGGAAAGGGCACCUCAGGCUUCGAGCGACACAUGGAUCGCCUCAUGGAGUUAUCAGAGUACAUGGUCCGACGUAUCAAGGAGCAGCCAGACAAGUUCUACCUCAUUCUGGAGCCUGAGAUGGUGAACGUCUCCUUCUGGUACCUGCCGAAGCAGCUGAGGAACCUGCCCCACGAUAGCAAUAAGGAGAUCAAGCUAGGAAAGGUUUGUGCCAAACUCAAAGGCAAAAUGAUGCAAGCUGGCACCAUAAUGGUUGGAUACCAGCCCGACGACAGGCGCCCCAACUUCUUCCGGAACAUCAUCUCCUCAGCAGCCGUGACCGAGAAAGACAUAGACUUCCUACUGUCAGAGAUGGACCGUUUGGGACAGGAUAUCAUUGUGGAUUAAAUCAAUCCUCGCCAUCUUGUUGCAACGUAAGGAAUAUUUUUAAUUGUCGAAGUUUUUGCAGAGAAUUACAUACCUUGGUCACAUCGGAUUAUGUUAUGCGAACUGAGUUUAUGUCAGUUUGUCAUAAACGCAGUACGUCACAAACUCAGUAAUGAUCUUGGUAUAUCAUGCAUCAGUUUGUUAUAAACUCAGUUUAUCACGUACUCAACUUGUCACAAACGCUACAACUGUGAUUUCUUUUAUUACAAUUAAAUUUAAUAGUUUUCCCUUCCGACUGAAAUAGAAACCGUGACCGUCUCUUAUAGGUGAAUUUAUUACUUUUAAUUAAGUCCCUUUCCUAAUAAAAUAGAUUUGACUCUAUCCCUUUUCCUCCCAUUUAAAGCUAUAAAUGCAGAAUACAUAUGAUUACAGUACAAUAUGUAUGGAUAAUGUACUACGCUCACUAGCAGAUAUUCUUAAUCUGUGGUUUCAGACUAUUUUUAUUUAUUACAGAGAUUUUUAUUUUGUGAUUAAAUAGGUACGUAAUAUACAUAUAAGUAUGUGGUUGUAAAAUAUAAUUUGGUAUUCUGUCAUCAACCUUAUAGGCAUACAAAGUAUUCUUGUGCAUCUACUUCUUAAAAAAAAAUCCGUUUCCUUACGUCGUAUGUCUGGUAAUAAAAAAAAAUUGAUAUACUUACUUAUAAGUAAAAUGUAGUUUUCCGUAGCUCAAAUAUAAAAGAUUUAUUAAUAUUUAAAACUGAAUUGCAUUUCUUUAAAUAUAUAAAUUCCAUGUUUUGUAGUUAGUUUUGCGAAGUUUGUUGACAGUGUAAAAUGUAGCCUAGUUGUUUAGAUUAAAUACGAAAUGUGGAAUUUAUUGGAUUAAAUUUAAAAUGAUAUUGCUGAUUCUAAACUACUUUUUUUUUUCUUUGUUUAUGGUAAAAUAUUGGAGUGCAUACCCCAAAGUUCCAUGUGAAAAUAAAAACAAACUCUUGGUAUACUUAAUCUAUGCCUUUAGACAAAAUAAGUCUUGUUUUAAAAAUUCGAUUUCGAAGAUGGUUGAUAAAAUAUAAGUAACUUCUGACAAUUAAUAACGAUUUAAUAUUUGUAUUCAUAAUGUGGUCCACUUAAUAUUGAUAAUUUCACACUUAUUUUGCUUCUCGACUAAUGCACUGUACUAUUUUUUAAUAAUGCACUAGUGAAGCGAUUCCCGUAUCGGGACAAACGCUGGACAUUUGAAACGAAUUGAAGAAAGAGAUAGAUUGUGAAAAUAAAUGUAUUUAUUCUCGUGUUAAUUGGAAAAAAUAUAAAUUUAAACUAUUGUGUUUUAAACACGUAAAGAUAGUCAUACAAGUCCGCAGGACUGGAAAUAUCCACCACCAGAGUCCUUAAUCUUAGCCAUAGAAAAAAUAUAACUAUUUAUUUAUAUAUAUUAACCAAUUGUAUACCAGUUUCCACAACAAUUUAAGUUCUAUAAUGAACUAUUUUCUAGAUAAAAUUUAUUUAAACAGGGAUAAAACUGGCAGUUAUAAUGGUGUGCUAAUUUAUGGCUGUAAGGACAAAGUUCUUUUGACUAUACUAGUGCGGGGAAAAUUUGUGGAUAAAGAAAAAAAAAAAAUGGCGCGCACAUAGAUUAAGCGCGAAAAGUAUUUUAAAUAAAUAUUACUGGAUUUGUUGAUAAUUGAAACGAACCGUCUGGGAUUAGAUAUAGAUGUUGUUGUGCUGUCUGUAUGUUGGCUUGUUGACAAUGGAGAUAUAUUUUCUCUUACAUGUAACGUGUUUGUAAUUAUAAAUACAAAAUAACCUCUUUCCAUAUCGUAUCGUAGAAUUGAAGUCAUGUUUGAAUUGUAACAUAUAGAAAAAAAAUCGGAAAAGUCCUUUUGCUUGCAAAUGUAUUUAGUAUGACGUCCCGCUUUGCCUGUAUGUGGUCGCGUUGUCAUUUAUUCUUCGGAAAUAGAUAUUUCAUUAAUAAUCUUAAAUAUUGCACUUUAGAAUGCAAACGUGUUAUUAAUGAAAAACUACUAUUAUUGACUUAAAAUAUACUGAGAUUUUCCGACUUUUACGAAGGCAGGCCUCUUAACAUUACUAGAAAAAAUAGAACGCAUGACUAUGUACGGAGCCCAUUAAUUCCAUAAAUGUAAAAAUGGUACGACGAAUGAAAUUGGUUUAUUUAUAAAUAUAAUUUAUUUAAUUGAUAUACCCACAUUUAUGUAUAUAUUAAUGUAACGAAAUAUAUUUUCAAUGCUAAAAGUGCUUAGUUUUGAACGAAAAAUUACGAAAUUUAGUGAAAAAUUAAAUGUUAGAAUGUUGAAUGUGUUAAAUUUUAAUAAAUAAUUGGAAUGUGAUGUCUGCUUUAUAAAAUUUAAUGUCUAACGUGUCUAAAAAAUGAAUAACGCGCGUAGCGUGUACGGUAUCUCAUAAUUAUUAUAAGAACAUAGAAUAUUAUAUAGGGUACAAAAUUUAUAUACAUUUAACUCGUUUAUUAUAUUAAUUUUAAUAAAAAAAAAUGUGCAACACAACAAAGUUUUUUUUUUUUAAUUUUAUUAAAAUCUCGUUGAAUAGAUACAAUUUUUGUGAUAUAUCAAGUAGAUAUACCAUAUAUAGUAUAUAAAUUUACACCCUAUAUAUUAAUGUGUCGCUUCUACUCUAAUAUAUUUUCAUAUUUAUUGUUAUUUUUAUGAUUGAUGACAAAUAUAUAAUUUAAUUAUUUAAAAAAUAAAUACGAGUAGAAAUGCCACAUAAACUAAUAUCGUCAUAAUUGUAGAAUAAAAGGUUUUUAAACAAAAAAUAAAUAAAUUCAUAUAAAUGAGAGAGUAAGUACAUAUUGUACUUAUUGUCAUCGCCUCCCCAUAGACUGCCAUAAUAAUUAUCCUAAGCAACUUGUAUCCAUUGUCUCCCAAUAUGUAUGAAAAUAUAUUAUGCUUAUUUGCAAUAGAAUUUAAUUUCUCUAUCACGUGACCUGUGUACUAACAAUUUAACAUACAAAACCUCUGAAUUUAUUGUAUUUAUCUCUGUACAAAACCGCCGUAAAGUCUCUGUAAAAACACAGGCUCGAUUGUCUAUGGUAAUGAUUGAGCUGUUUGUAACACAUUCUGAACGGAUAAAAAAAAUAACCUGUCAAGUAGACUUCCCGCCAAAAAUACUUUUAUAAAGUUUCAACUUUUUUUUUAUAUUUCCUGUCCUGGAAACGAGUCUUUCAAGCCUUAUUAUCUGAGUAGUUAUAAUGCUGAUUAUUUCCAGAUUAUUCUACUGUUAUGACGUAGAUAGAUUAAAAUAAUUAUAUUGUUAAUGUAAAAUAAUAUCAGUCACAUAAUAUACGACACAUAUCUCCCGUUUGCCAAUUAAAUAUUUUACACGUAGUUUUGGCCUAAAACGCUUCGGUGUCUCAGUAUUGAAAUUAUCUUUUAUCUUUUCUUACUUAUUGAAAAUAAAUGCUCGUUUAUAUGUAUUAGGUAUAUUUUUGUAAUAUAACCAAUUGGUUGUGUUAUAUUUUUCAAUUUAAGUAAAUACUUAAUUUAAGUAAUUUAGAUUAAUGAAUUGCGAGCAACGUGAAUUAGUUACAUGUACUUGUUUAGGUGUAAACUAGGCGUGGGUAAUGUAAGUAUCGCUCUGACAUACUAUAUAUUGGAUUUCUCUGGACAUAGAUGGUGGAAAAUGGUCAUCACCCAUUUCGAUAUUGUCAUAUAUUAAUUUUAAGCGGCUGCUAUAUUUCCAUAUUAUAUAUUGUCAAAUCAACAUAGUAUAUAUCCGUUAUUGAGCCAAUAUACAGUUAUUAUAGUAACAAUAUAUAGAUUAUGCUAUAUUAUAUAUUACCCAUCUCUAGUGUAAUCCCAUGAAAAAGACAAUUUUCACGAAUAACGCCAUCUAACUGUGAAACAAUUAAUUUUAAGAGAAAAUAUUAUUGUGUAAACGCGCAAUAAAUAGUUACUCACAUUUCUCUCAUUCGCCGGUAGAUGUCUAUGUAACGCAUACAGUAAUAAGAAAUAAGGUAAAUUAAUAUCUAAUUGUAAGUGGUCAUAUUUAUUUAGCCGAUCAACUGGUAAAUAUAAAUGGCAAACAAAUCUCUCGAUAGAUUCGUGGUGUACAUGUUGAUUUCUCGUUGUAACUCUUACAAGCAUAUCUAUCGAGAUAUUUCUUGGCCGUUUGUUUAGAGGGGGUUAUAUUUUUUGUUAUUAUAUUAUGGUAUUUAUUACAUUUUUUUUUUAUUCGUAAAUACUCCCAGAUUGGUUUUAUACUUCUUUUAAAGAAUGUUAUUGAAUUAAAAAAUUAUUUAAAAUGAAAUACUUAAUUUAAUUAUGAAAAAUAAUUCUUGAAAGUUAACGCGUAAAUUGGUGGUAAGUAAUCAAGAAUUACUUAAUUCAUGCAUAUUCUUAAUGGGGGCUUCCAAUAAGUUAGAACUUAGGGCUUUCGUUAUAAACGUCACUAGUUGGCGCCACUAGCGCUUGUUAAUAUGUCAGAGCACAGAAAAAAUAUGUACUCACCAAAUAUCGAAAGGAAGGUUUGCUAAAAACGACAUUUUGACAUGUUAAUAAUAAAUAAAUAAGGGAAAUUAUUAUAUAGAACAAUUGUAUGCGAUAUUAUUUAAAUAGGCAAAGAGAAAGGGACAAAUUGUAUACCAAUCGUUUUAUUUAUCACUUAAUAUAAAGAGAAAUAUUAAAAUGUAUAGUACCUACCGUCAUAGAAUAAAAGGAUAUUACUGCCGAUUGCUUGGGUACCUCUGUCCCAUUCAUGUUUCAACCGUGAAGCAGUUGUGUCUGCAUGGCUGUGUUUCGGUUGGAAGGGUGGGAUAUGGCGUGAAUUUACUGGGUACAGAGGAAUAACACCUGAGUCCUCAGGAAUGGCAACGCAUGGGGGGUAUCAUGGGCGAAACAGUAUACUCUGUUAUGUCCACGGUUCUGCUCAUGUCUAUAUACGACGGUUACCACUUUCCAUCAGGUGGGCCGUCAGCUUGUUUGCCAUUCUAAGUUGUAUAAAAGGUUUCGUUUUCUCUUUUUUUAUUAAUUUCUGAACUAUUGUUUUCAUUAUUAUAGUAAUUCUAUUUUAUAUUUAAAAUUACUAUGCGCGUCUGUCUAUUUUUACCAAACAACUUCUUACUUCUUUUAAACAAUUCAAAGGAAUUUCAACUUUUGAAGGUCUUACUGUGAUUUCGACACGAAUAUUUUUUUGUGGAUGAAUUCUAAAUAUGUAGAUACGAGUCCUGAUUAUAUUAUUACUCGUAGGAAACCGAGGCGAGUCGCUAAUCCAUUGUGAGAUUAGUAUAUUAGGGAAUAAGUACAUAAUGACAAUAAGUUAACAAAUAAGUAAAGUUACAUCAGUUGAGAGUGCAGCGCCAACUAGUGACGGAAGUAGAGAAACAAUGGUAUGGAUAUAAUUUUUAUGAAAUACAGAUCUAUUUAUUAAAUAAUUUUUAGAUAUAUUUCACGCUAAGUUGUAAAUAUAAGAUGCGAUAAAUAUGUGACGAUGACAAUAGAAAGAGUAGAUUAGCGUUCGCGGGGCGAUAUCACCCGCUUCGUGUGCGACGUCGGUUAGUUUGCCGAUGUUUAAUGUUUUUUAGGUGGAGAGACGGUGGACAAGCUUUAAUUAUUACUUAUUUUUCUUUAGAAAUAAAGAAUACAUUGAACGACAAUGCGAUAAUAUUACACUUUUAACGAUAAACAAUUGAAACAAAUUUUAUAUUUCUUGUUGCCAAUAUGGCUGCCAUUCAGCAUGUGCUGCAGAAAAUUUAUUGCAACAGUCCAUAUAUAUGUAUAUAAUCAAUAUUAAUUUAUUACCUAUGUUUGCUUCGUGAUUAUAUAUUUUGUAUUCUGAUUGAAACUUGUCGCCGGCUCUCGUGCCAUUUUAUUUUGUGACAGCUAGUGCCACCUAGCGGUAUAUAGUAAAUUGUUUAAAAGAUACGAGAAAUACAUAUUUUUUGGCGAUCGAAGUGAAACUGUCAGUCAAAUUAUAAAUUAUUAAAUGUAAAUAUAUCUAGAUGUGCGUGUCCAAUGUUCUCGUUUAAUAAUACGCUAAUGUUUUGCGCUUAUAUAUGUUAAAGGAAUCGUUAAACGAAAACUAUGUUUAAUAUAGUAACAUAUAAAAUAUUAUGUCAAUGUAGGUACAUGAAAAUUACAUUGAGGUUAAUAAACUGUGCAGUAGUCUUUAAAAGACAAAAUAUCCGCCACUGGACAACAGAUGGCGCUAUAUUCAAAAAUGUGCUUCCAUCUCGUGUGAAGAAAAUAUAUUCUCAAUGUCAAUUAUAAUAGGAAAAUGGCUUCCAAUAUGUCUUCCGUAAGAUUUUACGUGAUAAUUAUAUUUUGCCAGUUCAUAGUUUGUUUCUAAAUGUAUUUAAACAUAAGUUAUUAGAAUAUAAAAUGUUAGAAUUUCGAAAACUUUAGUGUUUAGAGCUAUAUAUAUAUAUAUACCUAUUGUUCACUUUUUGAUCACUUACAAUGUGUAACAAACUCAAAACUAUAUCCUAUUAUGAUUGUUGCUAUAUGUAAAAACCUGUAUAACCA